UCCGCGAGGCAGUCUGGUUUUACAGUCAGGGGACAUUCAUCACCAUCAUCAUCAUCAGUCAGAGCAGACCUCUCUCUCUCUCUCUCUCCCUCUCUCUGUCCCUCCCUCAGACACCCCCACAUACACUCUCUCCUUCGCUCUGUCCGUCUGCCCUUCUCUUUCAACACACACAGCACCUCUUUUUCUUUCCUCCCUGACACCCGGCAUCAUGUCCGCAAACGGCGCAGAUGGGGACCUGCUGCGGAUCCCUAUGGGACUCAUCAACAGCGCGGGGAAGUAUCUCACCGCGGAGGCUUUCGGCUUCAAAGUGAACGCCUCAGCCAGCAGCCUGAAGAAGAAGCAGACGUGGACCCUGGAGCAGACCGGGGAGGACGGCAGCGCGGUGUUCCUGCUCUCCCACCUGGGCCGCUACCUCGCCACGGACAAAGACGGCAACGUGACCGCGGACAGCGAGACGCGCGGCACAGACUGCCGCUUCGUCAUCACCGCGCAGGAAGACGGGCGGUGGUCCCUGCAGUCCGAGCCCCAUGGCCGGUUCCUGGGUGGCAGCGAGGACCGGAUCACGUGCUUUGCGCAGACCGCUUCACCUGCAGAAAAGUGGCGCGUGCACCUGGCUGUGCACCCGCAGGUUAAUCUGUACAGCUUUGCGCGCAAACGCUACGCCCACCUGAGCGCGCAGGGGCAAGAGGUGUCAAUAAACCGAGAUGUCCCAUGGGGAGUGGACUCCCUUGUGACCCUGGUCUACAGGGAUGAGCGCUACCACCUCGAGACCUGUGACAACCGCUUUCUGCGCAAUGAUGGCACCCUGUCCACCAAAACGGAGAAGGACACCGGCUACAUGCUGGAGUUCCGCUCCGGGAAAGUGGCAUUCCGCGACUGCAAUGGCCGCUACCUGGCGCCCGGGGGUCCCACCGGCACUAUGAAGUCUGGGAAGAGCACGCGGGUGGGGAAGGAUGAACUGUUUGGCCUGGAGCGCAGCCACGCGCAGGUCGUGCUGACUGCAGGCAACGAGAGAAACGUCUCCACGCGGCAAGGCAUGGACCUUUCAGCCAAUCAGGACGAGGAAGGGGACCAGGAGGUCUUCCAGUUGGAGAUGAGCCGUGAGGACAGGAAGUGUGCCUUCAGGACUGCUGCCGGGAAAUACUGGACUCUGACACCAGGCGGAGGACUGCAGUGCACAGCAUCCACCAAGUCAGCCAAUACUUUCUUUGAGCUGGAAUGGCGUGAAGGUCGUGUGUGCGUGCGUGCAUCUAACGGAAAAUAUGUGGCUGCGAAGAAGAAUGGACAGCUAGCUGCUACUCUUGACAAUGCAGGUGAGGCUGAGCAGUUCCUGAUGAAGCUGAUCAACCGUCCCCUCAUUGUCCUUCGUGGGGAGCAUGGUUUCAUCGGCUCUCGUAAAGCUGGGGUGGCAACCCUGGACUCCAACCGUGCAUCGUACGAUGUGUUCCAGUUGGAGUUCCAUAAUGGAGCUUAUUCCCUCAAAGACUCCCAGGGGAAGUACUGGUGCGUUGGAGACGACACAGCGGUAGCGUGUAGCAGCUCCACGCCUGUCCAGUUCCUGUUUGAGUUCUGUGACGUCAACAAGAUGGCCGUCUGUGCUCUUGGGGGGAAGUACCUCAAAGGAGACCACGCCGGAGGGCUAAAGGCCACUGCCGACUCCCUGGACAACGCCACCCUCUGGGAAUACUGAGGAAGCACAGCCGGACUUCACAACUGUCCGAAACGAUACUUCAAACUAUAGAUAGAUACUGUAGGUAGCUGUUUUUAUUUGCAUAUGUGUGUGUGUGUGUGUGAGAGAGAGCCUGUGUGUGUGCGUGUGUGUAACUGUGGACUUGUCUGGAUGGAUGUGUGGUGGAGAUAGAAAAGCUGAUUAACUGGAAGUCGUGGCACCAAAGCACUACAGGUGUUUUUUUUAUUUCAUAUAACUCUUUUCUCAAUCCUUCUCUUGGAAACUUGUGUGUUCGAUGAGUUGUUGCUUCAUGAACGAAUCAAAGUGUGGCUUCACAUUAUUUGUACCACUUCAAGUCAAACCUACACAAGCUGUACCUGAUGAACGUCAGGACCGUUAUUGUUAUUAGUUGUGCCUCUUUCUAUUAACUACUGGUGUAAACGAAUAUGUAGAAUGCUAUAACUCAUAACUUACAAUAUCUUAUCUUCUUCCUCUAAAUGCUGACUCUAUUGUGCUGCUUUUACGUUCUGCUUUCAAACUGUAACACAUCAGAUAAUGAGAUGUCAUUGAUUUAUGUGUUCCUGCUGUAAAUAAGGCUUCUUUCUGUCGCUGAAUGCUUCAAAAACAUACAAUCAUAGAAAGUGUGAAGGUGUUUGAGUCUGCAAAAAAACGCCAAAUUACACUCUUGGCCUGCACCUCAAACUCCACCUUCUGUGUUUCCUCUUCACUCUGAUGUGCAGGCAGAUAGAUCUGUAUAGAGAGAGACUGAUUCCUCUAGAGACAUAAGUUGGUAUUCAAAGUUUUAAUAAUACUUUAAUGAGAGAAUAAAAGACAAAGAGAGCACAAGGAAAAAGGUUUGCUUAUUUAAAACGAUCAUCUCUGAGAAAAGGAGUCAACGUGGCAUGACGUGGGAGGGGCCAAGUUGCAAUGUAAUCAAAUGCACAAAAUCUGUACAAGUAUGCAGUUGUAUAUACAUGAAUUCAAGCUGUGAGUCAAAAUCUGCACAACAAUUUUGCGUCCAACUGCAAGAAAUGAAAAGCACAUGUUCGUUGUGAUGAAACGUCUGCCUUAGUUUGGGUGCUGCUAGUCGUGUGUAAACACAUGGAGAGAGUCAGUCAUACCUCUGGCUGUAUCUGUGUCUGUGCCUUCCAUUACGUGUUUCAGUCUUUUCUUUUUCAUCUUCUUACAUUUGAGCCCGAUUAAACCCCAAUAAAGCGUUCCCUCCCGACAGUG